AUGAACACUCUCUUUUCUAGCAUCUGUUUUCAAAUGAUUUCUCCUCAGCGACCUUCCUCCACGAUGGUGAUCCGAGCAGUCGCACCCUUGCCCCUCCAGCGCCCAUGCCCAAACCUCAACCUCUACCCAAGGAUCGUCACCUCUCUCUCGCUGCCGCAAAUCCGCACAGUAGCCCUUUUCCGCGGCAAAUAUUCCCCAAGACCUGCCGUAUCCCGACGAGCAGCGGAGACAAUGACAAUCCCACCCUCAGUUCUCCUCUCAGCUUACAAAUCCGGUGCGAGCCCAAUAUCCCCAGGUACAGCACAGGCGCUCAUAAACGACUACGCGGGGAGAACCACGUCUCCACCGUCGGAAGCUCUGGGCGAGAAAUUCUGCAGCGACCAUGGAGUAACGCCGGAGGAUUUAACCAUCCUAGCCCGUCUCCUCCUCCGACUUAAUGCCCGCGGUAGCGCCCCGCUGUUAAGGCAUUUACUGACCACCUGCGCGCACAUGAAUGUGCCCAGCGCGGUGGUGCAUCUGCACUCCCUCCUCACGGCACAGGUCCUCCGCGGGAAGGCGUUGGAAAUGGCACAGGCGGAUCUAGCCGCGAUGGCCAAGCGCCUGGCUAGGGUCGCACCGGAGCAUGCGGGUGCAGCGUUCAGGAUGGGUGAGACGGCGGAGGUGGAGGGGAAACUUGCCGAGGCGGAGGAGUGGUUCGAGAGGGCGGGCCGGGGGGAGGUCAUGGAGGGGUGGGUCAGGUUGGGCGUACUGAGAAAGGAUAGGGGAGAUUUGCAAGGGGCUAGAGAGGUUUUUGAGAAAGCGGCGGAGAUGGGGAGUGCUAGGGGGUGCUAUUUUCUUGCGCAGGUGAUGGAGGAGGGGGAGGGGGAAGAGAUUGAGGGGGUUGGAGGGAAGAGGUUGGGAUUACUGGCUAGAGCUGGGGCUGGUGGGGUUGUUGAGGCGGCCUACGAACUUGGGUCUUAUUGGCGGGGAAGGGAGGCAAGGUUUGCUGAGGAGUGGUUUCUCGUUGCUGCCUCGCAGCGCCAUGUGGAGAGUAUUGUUGCUCUCGCUCAGCUUUUAAUGGAGAAGGGGCGCAUAUCGAAUGCUAGGACUUGGGCACAGAAGGCGGCGAACAUGUCAGGGGAGAUAGGAGUGUAUGGGACGGAGAUAUUACAAGAGCUAAGUCGGAUGGAAGAAGAGAAGAGGCGGGAGAAGAGGCAGGAGGAAAGGCAGGAGGAAAGGCAGGAGGAACAAUAA